UUACUAUCGUGAAAACAAAAGAAACCCUAGCUCUCGUCCGUCUCUUACGGUAAUUUUUAUUUUUUCAAAAUUAACAACAAAUUGAUUUUGAAAAUCGAUAAAUCUGUUAGGGUUUCAAUUUGAAACCAUCAGAUUCGUACCCUAAUACAUGUUUCGUGCCAGUGAUCUCCAUAAUUGGUUUGAGAAAUCAUCGAUUCGUGAUAUAUUGGUUCAGAUCUGAAAAAUGUACAAUGGAAUAUGAAGACCGGAGGUUUUGGUUUUUUGUUUUUAGAUUGACAAAUUGUUCAUGGAAAAUAGAAUAGGAAAUUCCAAUGGAGCGGAAAUUCCUAGGAAAUCGAGAUCAUUGGAUCUUAAGACCCUGUAUAAAUCAAGAAUUUCAAUGGAGUCUCAGAAUAAGGAGUUGAAGAGAAAAAUUAGCUCAGAGGAUUCUGAUGAGGAUAAGGGCAACAAGAGGAAAAAGAGUAGCAAAAUUGUGUCCAUCAGUAGCUUAAAAAAUGUUGGUAAUUGCAAAAACAAUUUAGAUGAGGUGUAUAAUGGUGUUCUGAGUUCAGGUUCACAUGAUUCAAAGGACUCAAAGUUGGGGUUGGGUCAUAAAAGGGAUAAUAGCGGUGGGUUUAAUGGCAUUUCCUUGAGUUUAGAUGACAGUGGUUUUCGAAUCCCGAAGCGUAAACGUGGUUUUGUUGGGCGAAGAAAGGUUGAGGUUAGUCAAGUGUUGAAGCUACCGGGACAGUCUUGUAGUAAAGUGAGUGAUGACGUGGUGGCUAAGGCAACGAGUGGUGAUUCAGCUGCAAGGAUCGAGUCUCCAAAGGAAUUGGCUACUCAGGUUGAGUCUCCAACAGAUUUGGGUGUCGGGGCUGAGUCUUUAAAGGAUUCUGGUAUCCAUGUUGUGUGUUCAAAGGUUAAACGCAAGAAGGGUUCCAAUAACUUUAAGGAAAAGAGGAACAGCGAGUUGAAUGCAGCUAGGCUUUUGAAGGAGAGUGCUGGGCAUGCCAGUAAUUCAGUGGUAAGCAAUGGUGAGUCUUCUUUGAAGAAGGUAAACAGAAAAAGUGAGUCAAGUUUAAAUCGGCAUUUGAAGGAGGAGGGUGAGUGUGCCAGUCAUUCAGUUGUGAACAAUGGUGACUCUUCGAAGAAGUCAAAUAAAAUUAGCAAUUCAAAUUUGGCUCGGUGUUUGAAGGAGGAUGAUGGGUGUGCCAGUCAGUCAGCUGUAAAUAACAGAGACUCCUCUUUGAAAAAGUCAAGGAAGAAUCAUGGCAAGGGAAAAGAUCCCACCCGGGAUCGAAGAAGUAUUGCAAAGGAAGCUGAACCUUUAAUUGAUGCUUCUGUUAAGGUAUGUGAUGAUGUGCUAGAUGAUGAAGAGAAUCUUGAGGAAAAUGCAGCUAUGAUGCUAUCGUCACGAUUCAAUCCUAGUUACACUGGUUUCUCGUCAAAUGGAAAAUCCGUUGCAUCCCCAAAUGGCUUUUCUUUUUUGUCGUCAACUGAACAAGACUUUGCUAGUCAUGAAUCUGCGUCAUUUGAUGCUGCUGGUAGAGCAUUACGACCAAGGACACGGCACAAAGAGAGGGGCCAUUCAAGAAAAAGGCGACAUUAUUAUGAAAUUUUCUCUGGAGAUUUGGAUGCAUAUUGGGUAUUGAACCGGAGAAUCAAAGUUUUUUGGCCUUUGGAUCAGUGUUGGUAUUAUGGCCUGGUGAAUGACUAUGACAAAGAAAGCAAGCUACAUCAUGUAAAAUAUGAUGAUCGGGAUGAGGAAUGGAUUAAUCUGGGAAAUGAGAGAUUUAAACUUCUGCUGCUUCCUAGCGAAGUUCCAGAUAAGGGUGCAUGUAGAAGAUCCAGGAUAAGAGAGAAGGGUUUAGAAGACAAAAAGGGAAGCUUGAAGCCUAGCAAAGAAAAGGAAAAGAGAAAUAUGACUACAGAGAAUAAUAACUGUAUGGGUAGCUACAUGGACACAGAGCCCAUCAUCUCAUGGUUGGCUCGAUCUAGUAAUCGGAUAAAAUCUUCUCCUUUACAUGCUAUGAAGAAACAGAAAAGACCUGAUCCAUCUCAUGAAGUUGUGAAGCCUGAUGUUUCUUUACAAAGUGCUUCUUUGAAAGCUAAGAAUAACAAAUUACCCAGUACGUCUAAAUUGCUAGACAGUUUUGUUGGUGGUAGAAGGGUCGAGGAGUCUUCCUCAGGUAGCCCUACUUGCUCCAAGGAUAGCAAACUUCCCAUUGUUUAUUACCGAAGGCGGCUUCGCAAGACAGAAAGCUUGUUGUGUUCAACGUCUUUAGGUAAUUAUGUUUCUAGUUGCAAACGUUCAUCAGUUACUUUGCCUGCCCCUUCCAUUGAUGGGUGUGAGGAUUUGGGAGAGCGUGAUAUUUGUAUGAAAAUGUUGGACCCAUAUGGAGCUUUUCGGUUCCCUGGUAACACAGAGCUUUUAAAUUUAACCAUACCACUGAUAGAAUCAGGACAAGUGAGGUUUAAGAUGUGCUUCCCGGUUCUUUCAGUCCUGAAAUACCCAUUUGAAGCAGAGAAUUUUUGGCUGUUCCGGGCUGUAUUUUUGUUUCACUAUGGUACACUGAUGACAAUGUGGCCAAGUGUCAAUCUGGAGAUUCUUUUUGUUGAUAACAUAGUUGGACUGAGGUUUUUCCUGUUUGAAGGUUGCUUGAAGCAGGCUGUAGCCUUUGUCUUCUUCGUCCUGAGAGUAUUCCAUCAACCUAAUGAGCAGGGGAAGUAUGCUGACCUUCAGUUACCAGAAACUUCAAUCAGGUUCAAGUUUUCUUGCAUUCAUGAUCUUAGAAAGCAGUUUGUUUUUGAUUUCUACAAUUUCUGUGAAGUGAAGAAUUCGUUGUGGAUGUAUCUGGACACUAAGCUGAAAAAAAAUUGCCGGCUUACUAGGCAAUUGUCUCUAUCGGAAUGCACUUAUGAUAAUAUUAAGGCGCUUCAAAAUGGGAGUAACGUGUUAUCCAUGAAUUCUUCUCUUUUCAGGGACAGCUCUUUAACCAAGGGUUUGCGGAGGAUGUCUAGGCAGGGUAUCUCCAGGGAAUCCACUUGUGUAAAAGUCAGCCACUUCUCUUUUCCAGACAGGAGUCAAAGAAAAUUUCCUCCAUUUGCACCUUCUUUCACUGCUGCACCUUCUUUCUUUCUCAGUUUGCAUCUUAAGCUGCUUAUGGAACAUAGAGCUGAUCAUAUCAGCUUUCAGGGCCAUGUUUCAGUGGAGCACCCAGAAUGCGCUGCUACUUUGAUGACUGGUUUUGAGUACUGCUUGGACAAACAUCCGGAUACUACUCAUGAACAUAAUGUAUCAGAAAGUACUCUUGAAAAUAAUGUGAAGGGUACCUCAAGGAAUGCUGUUUCUGAUGGGUGCUUGUCUGUUGCCAAACCUGAGUUACCGGCGGUCGGUCUCUCUGUCUGUGUUGAUGGACGUUGGAUAAGAUCCCCGCAGAAAUAUGAAAAUGGUGAUCUGAAUGGUGCUGGAACCUCUGCCAGUUCCCAGGAUCCUGAAGAAACUGGUGGUGAGGCAAUUGAUCGGUUGCAGAAAUGGCAAUUCCAUGAUCCGAAGUUAGAACGUGUUUGUUUGGCAAGACCUUCAGUUGACAGUGAUAAGACAGAUGCUGGGUCUCUUUCCCCUUUGAAUGGUAUCAGGGUUGAAAUUCCAACGUUCAACCAAUUUGAAAGGCAUGUUGAUAGGGAAUCCCAUAGCGCUCAACGCUCUACUGAUUUAAGUUGGAACAUGUAUGGCGGCAUCAUCCCGAGCCCGAAUCCGACCGCUCCUAGAAGCACAUGGAAUCGAAAUAGAAGUAGUUCAUCAUUUGCAUACCUCAAUCAAGGAUGGUCAGAUGGGAAGGAUGACAUUGCCCACAAUAAUUUUGGUAAUGGACCUCGGAAACCACGUACUCAAGUCUCAUACUCCUUGCCUUUCGGAGGGUUUGAUUAUGGUUCAAAGAAUAGAGUCCAUAACCAGAAAGGGCUUCCUCACACAAGAAUUAGGAGGGCAAACGAAAAGAGAUUAUCAGAUACUACUAGGGAUUCCCAAAAAAACUUGGAGUUAUGUUGUGAUGCAAAUGUGCUAAUUACACAUGGUGACAAAGGUUGGAGAGAAUGUGGUGCACAAAUUGUACUAGAGCUUUUUGAUCACAGUGAAUGGAAGCUAGCUGUAAAGCUUUCAGGAACCACAAGGUAUUCAUACAAGGCUCAUCAGUUCCUGCAGCCUGGAUCAACAAAUCGUUUUACACAUGCCAUGAUGUGGAAAGGAGGAAAGGAUUGGACAUUGGAGUUUCCUGAUAGGAGUCAGUGGUUUCUUUUUAAGGAGAUGCAUGAAGAGUGCUACAAUCGUAACAUUCGUGCUGCUUCAGUUAAAAAUAUUCCUAUUCCUGGGGUUCGCGUGAUAGAGGAUUGUGAUGACAAUGGAACUGAAGUAGCAUUUGUUCGCAGUUCAUCUAAGUACUUUCGGCAGGUUGAAACAGAUGUUGAGAUGGCUUUGGAUCCAUCGCGUAUCUUAUAUGACAUGGACAGCGAUGAUGAGUGGUGGAUUACGGAAAUUCGUAAUUCUUCUGAAUCUGACAUCAGUGGCUUGUGGGAAAUUUCCGAGGAGGUGUUUGAGAAAACAAUGGACAUGUUUGAGAAGGCUGCUUAUUCUCAACAGCGGGAUCAGUUCACCCCAGAUGAAAUAGAAGAGCUUAUGGCUGGAGGUGGUUCCAUGGAGGCAAUUAAAAUCAUCUAUGAGCAUUGGAGGCAGAAGAGGCAGAAGAAGGGAAUGCCUUUAAUCAGACAUCUCCAGCCUCCAUCAUGGGAAAGAUAUCAACAGCAAGUGAAAGAGUGGGAGGUAGCUAUGUCUAAAUCUAACUACGUCAUCCCCAAUGGAUGUCAGGGGAAGGCUGCUCCCAUUGAGAAGCCACUCAUGUUUGCUUUCUGUUUGAAACCGCGGGGACUAGAAGUGCCCAACAAGGGUUCAAAACACAGGUCUCACAGGAAAAUUUCAGUUUCUGGGCAAAGCAAUGUAGCCAUGGGAGAUCAUGAUGGAUUUCAUAAUUUUGGAAGGAGAUUAAGUGGGUUUGCUUUUGGGGAUGAAAAGGUUUUAUAUACAGGACUCAACUAUGAAUCUUUAGAUGAUUCUCCAUUGUCUCAGACAUCACCAAGGGUAUUUUCUCCAAGAGUAUUUUCACCACAUGAUGCAGGCAGCAUCGGUUAUUUCUCCAUGAGCGGUGAUGGGUUUGAUAGACAUCAAUACCAAAGACUUCAGAGGAGCAAGUCAAAGAAAUAUGGGGCGAUUGAAUUCUCAUAUGACACACAGAUGGUGGCUCCAUACAACCAACGGCUGAUGGGCAAGAGAAAUGGAAUUCAUAGGUGGAAUAUGGGCUAUUCUGAGUGGCCAAGCCAACGACAUUUACACCCAGAUGGGUCCCAGAGGCAUGGCCCAGGACAAUUGGAUGGUUCUGAUCUUGAUGAGUUCAGGCUGCGUGAUGCAUCUGGUGCAGCUCGGCAUGCGCAUAAUAUGGCUAAACUCAAGAGAGAAAAAGCUCAGAGAUUGCUUUAUAGAGCUGAUUUAGCAAUUAGCAAGGCUGUGAGUGCCCUCAUGAUUGCUGAAGCGAUUAAAGCUUCUUUUGAUGANUGGCUUGCUGUUAAUUGGUGCUGA